UUCUUUGGCCUCAUCUGCUCGUCGGCACUGGUCCGGCUAUUGUUGUGUGUCUUUCAGGGCAGCACUGACCCAUCAGCAGGCGGUGAUUUCUGGAUGUUUAACUGUUUUCCGUUGCUCUUACGCCGCCAUAUUACGUUGCCUUUGUCAACGCGCGGUGUCUUCUCGUUUGAGAGGAAUACCAAGGAUCCCGGCGGAGGACUUUGGGUUGGUGAAGUAGUUUUAAUCGGUAUGGGACAGACGGAAGACUGAGAUUCAACGUUAGAGACCGCUUCUCUCGGCCGUUUGCACUUCUUUACAUCGUCGACGUGAAAUAAAAACGUGGAGGAAAAAAAGAUCACAGGACGCAUGUAGCCGAAGUACAACACUGCAAAGGUCGCAUUUAAGGCUUGACGAUGGGUUGCGUCAGGAGUAAAGAGGACAAGGGGCCGGCGCUGAAGUACCGACCCGAUAACUCCAAUGCCACGCAGAUCAACGCCCACCUGGGCCAUUACGGGCCUGACCCCACCCUGAUGGGUCAUUCACCAGCUAUGAAGACACUCAACAACAGCUACAACAGUCAUGCCGCUGCCCUCACACCCUUUGGUGGGGCGUCAUCAGUCAUGACGCCCUUUGGCGGUGCCUCCACCUCCUUCACCUCCGUGGCUGUGAGCAGUCCCUUCCCUGGUGUUAUCACAGGUGGUGUUACAUUUUUCGUAGCAUUGUACGACUAUGAAGCGAGGACGUCGGAUGAUCUUUCAUUCAAAAAAGGGGAUCGUUUCCAGAUUAUCAACAACACGGAAGGCGACUGGUGGGAGGCUCGCUCCAUCAACACCGGACAGAAAGGUUACAUUCCCAGUAACUACGUGGCUCCAGCCGACUCCAUACAGGCUGAAGAAUGGUACUUUGGUAAAAUGGGCCGCAAAGACGCCGAGCGUCUCUUAUUGCUUCCAGGGAACCAGCGGGGCACUUUCUUAGCACGAGAGAGUGAGACGACCAAAGGAGCCUACUCUCUGUCUAUCCGGGACUGGGAUGAGGUGAAGGGAGACAACGUUAAACACUACAAGAUCCGAAAGCUAGACAACGGUGGUUAUUAUAUCACUACUCGGGCUCAGUUUGAGGCACUACAGAAGCUGGUGAAACACUACACAGAACAUGCAGAUGGUCUGUGCUACAGGCUGACAACUGUGUGCCCCACAGUGAAGCCUCAGACUCAGGGACUAGCUAAGGAUGCUUGGGAAAUCCCGCGAGAAUCCCUCCGACUGGAGAUCAAACUUGGCCAGGGCUGCUUCGGAGAAGUCUGGAUGGGCACAUGGAAUGGUACUACUAAGGUGGCUAUUAAGACCCUGAAGCCAGGCACCAUGUCCCCAGAGGCCUUCCUGCAGGAGGCUCAGAUCAUGAAGAAACUCCGACAUGACAAACUGGUGCCUCUCUAUGCUGUUGUGUCUGAGGAGCCCAUCUACAUAGUGACUGAAUUCAUGGGCAAAGGUAGUUUACUGGACUUCCUGAAGGAGGGAGAUGGUAGAUAUCUGAAGCUGCCCCAGCUGGUGGACAUGGCUGCACAGAUCGCAGAUGGCAUGGCCUUCAUUGAGAGGAUGAACUACAUCCACAGGGACCUGAGAGCUGCUAACAUCCUGGUGGCUGACAACUUGGUGUGUAAGAUCGCAGACUUUGGCCUGGCUCGGCUCAUUGAGGACAACGAGUACACCGCCCGACAAGGAGCUAAAUUUCCCAUCAAGUGGACGGCCCCUGAAGCUGCUCUGUACGGCCGCUUCACUAUCAAAUCAGACGUGUGGUCGUUUGGUAUACUACUGACUGAACUGGUGACCAAGGGCAGGGUACCAUACCCAGGUAUGGUAAAUCGAGAGGUACUUGAGCAGGUAGAGCGGGGUUACCGCAUGCCCUGCCCCCAGGGAUGCCCCGAGUCCCUACAUGAGAUGAUGAGGCACUGCUGGAAGAAGGAGCCAGACGAAAGGCCAACCUUUGAAUACAUCCAGUCCUUUUUGGAAGACUACUUCACAGCCACAGAGCCACAGUAUCAGCCAGGAGACAACCUCUAGUCUGGUGGAUUUGGGUGCAAACUCUGGUUCAGAGGUACAUCAGAGGAGAGCAAAGCUUGGGGCAACCAAGCCCUUCAACACAGGGAAAAGCCUUGAUGAGGCUGCAGAGAAAGACGCAAACUAGUCCACAAGCACUGCAGUAUAUCUAAGUGCAAGAAGAAAAUGUUUUCUGAAGUAGUGGGUUGUCACUUGCGUACCCGGAGACUCAAUGUUUGGGGAAGUGUCCAACGGGCGGAUCGAUGCUGGUACGUUAAACUCUGGGAACCCUAAUCCGAAUGAUCCACACGGACCGGCUACAUCAGAUCAAAUCAAUGGCUACUUGUAGAUGAUUUUUUUUUUUUUUACUUUUUUAAAUGAUACAUUUUCCCUCUCUCCUCCAAUUUCCCCCCUUUUUAUUUUAUUCUACAACACAGUUCUUUGAUACUGGAGUCAAGAGCUUUUGUAUGUACAUGAGUUUGGUUUGAAUAUGUAGGUUGAUGGGUUAUGUUUUUGAUGUGACCAACAACUGUGGUUGAAUUGUCAAGUGUGUGCCGCGUCUGUGAAGCUUUGAUUGAGGUGUGAGGUGAAGUAAAUGGAAAGGUUUGUACUUUAUGGAUGUAAGAAUGUACUGGGAGAUCAAAGCAGGUGUACAUACAGUAUGUGCAAAAAGAUGUAUUAUUAGCAUGUGUGAUCAGGGGGAUGAAUGAGAACAUGAGAAGACCGUGUUAAAGAUCCUACAAAUUCUAUUUAACGUGGUCACUUGAAUGGCAAAUCAUGUCGAUUUUAAUAUGCUGUCAAUUUUUUUAAUUUAAACGGGGACUUGAAAUCAUGAAGAGGUAUUUUGAUAAUAUACAAGUGCGAGAACAUUUUUCCUGUUUAACAUUUUAUAAAUGUUUUGAAAAGAACAUUUCAGCUGUGAAAUGUAAGUAAGUUUGACUUAAUUUCUAUCUAAAAGUAGCAUCUUGUGUUUUGUUUGGUGCACAUUUCUUAAUGCUGUAAAAGACUCUUAACAUAUUUCUCCUUAUGUUGCACACAUCUACAGUCUAACAUCACAGUAGGUGAAUUAUCCCAUAGAUGGUCCAGGAAUAUGUUCGAUCUAUUAAAUUAAUGUCAUGUAAAUCCUACAUGCAGCUAUAUUUCUUUCUGUUAUUCCCAGUAAAAUCCCACCGAACUAUGACAUAACAUGCCUUUGAUGUCUGCUGGAGGGAAAGUUUAAUCCAAAGCCAACAACACAAAACAAGUCUUUUAAAUUUGUAAAUUCAACUAUGCAUUCAACCAGUGAUGUUUUAUGGAACAGAACGUCUCAUAUGGUAUUUGCCUGUGUCAAGCUCCCCUUUAUGGUUUUCUUACUUUAAUUCCUAGUUGUAGAGAUGAUGGAUCGCUUCGGGAGUGAAGGAGGUAGAACCAGA